CUGCUUUUUCAAAUUCAAAUAUUAAUUCUGCAUGGAGAGGGAGUGGGCUAACGUAGGUCGUGGCCAUACUGGGAUGGUGAGGUAAGCGAGCACUUAACUAACCCAUCAAACCCAUCAACCAACACACCAAACCUAUCAAUUACCCCAUUAUUAUGGUACGCAAACGGAGUUUAAAAGCUCAAGAACGCGAUAUUCUAAUACUUGAAGCAGUAGCUGGAGUAAAAUCUGGUUUAUAUAAAACUGCAAAUGCUGCUGCAAAGGCCUUACAUCUAAGGCCUGAUACAGUUGUUAGCCGCAUUAAAGGGCGACAUACCUCACAUAAAGAAGCACAUUUAAAACAUCAAUUACUCUCCCAAACCCAAGAAAAGACCCUUUUAAAAUGGAUCAAAAAUCUUACUGCAAGUGGUUAUGCUCCUAGCCAUCGCAUAUUACGUGAGGUUGCAGAGGAAGUCCGGUCAAACAAGUGUCGGGUCUUCCAAACCCAGACCCCAUCAAACCAACCGGCUCAGCAGCAGUCCCGACCAACUCAGCAGUCCCGACCGACUCAGCAGUCCCGACCAACUCAGCAGACCCGACCAACUCAACAGACACAAACUCAACAACCACAACUCCAACUACCUAAGUUACCACUUGGGCAAGAUUGGGUGCCACGGUUCAUUCAGAGGCAUCCUAACUUACGUGUUAAGCUAGGAAGAAGGGUUGAGGCACAAAGGAUGAAUGGGGUCACAAAGCAGGUGUUGAAGGGGUGGUUUGACGCGUACAAGAGCCUCACAACAGAGCAAAAAAUCGAAAACUACAACACCUACAACAUGGAUGAGACUGGAUUUUCAAUUGGAACAAUGCAAUCUACACGAAUUAUAGUCGAUUCUACACUUAGGACACAUUUUCAGGCACAUCCAGGAAGGCAGGAAUGGGUCUCUGCUGUUGAGUGCAUCUGCAUGGAUGGAACAACCACCGACCCCCUCAUUAUCUUCAAGGGACAGAAUGUACUACAGAGCUGGAUUCCAAAGGAUGUUAUAAGCAAAUGGCACUUCUCUGCAAAUACAAAAAGGAUGGACAAGCAAUCUUCAUGGAUAUGAGUGGCUAAAACGCGUUUUUGAGCCUUCUACAAGAGCAAAAGCAACACUUCCAAAUGGACAACUACAACAAAGGCUCCUUAUUUGUGAUGGCCAUGACAGCCAUAUAAGUGGGAGCUUCAUAUCACACUGCAUACAGAAUCGCAUAUCGCUCCUUAUACUACCUCCACAUACCUCACAUAUACUCCAACCACUUGAUGUUGCAAUUUUUGGACCUUUGAAAAGACACCUCACAACAGCCCUCUCACACCUUAAUGAGGCGCAGCUCCUACGCAUACAGAAAGCAGAAUGGAUGGAUGCAUACAUACAAGCAAGAGCAGCUGCAUUUUCAAAUUCAAAUAUAACUUCUGCUUGGAGAGGGAGUGGGUUACAGCCAUUCCGGCCACAGACAGUCAUACGCGCAGCUACACUUCCUACAACAGAUGCACCCUUAGAACGGCCAAGGACUCCAACAGAGCAUGAUAUUUUUGAGAAAGUAUUUUUGAAUAGCAGUCCUCCUCAUUUUCAGACACUUCACAAAGCAAAUACAGUUCUCUCUUCUACAAUAAGUCGUGGUGGUGUUUUGAACACUCCUACAAAGCGAUAUAUUCAUAAGUUAGCAGAUGAGACAGAGCGGCUCAAUACAUGCCACAUACUACAACAAAGGGAGACAGAUAACUUGCGCUCAAUUAUUCAGAAGCGCAGAGUACAAAAUAAGGGCAAGAGAGCAGUUUUGAAGGGUCAAUUCCACAUCACAACUGAGGAGUUGCAGUCGCAAGUAGCAGAAGCAGAAGCAGCAACAACAGCUACAUCACAAAAGUCGAAAAUAUCAACAACUCCACAAGUUACAACAUCUAUAAUUGAUCUAAUUGAUGAUGGGAGUGAGGAGGAGCUAUUUGACAGUGAUAUAGAUGAAUUAGCAUGGUAAUGGUAGAACUAUUUUCAAUUAUUUUGAAGCUGCUCAUAUUUUGAAGGGGUGGCUUACCCCACCAUCCCGGUAUGGCCAUGGCCCCGGUAUGGCCACGACCUACGUUACAGCCGUUCCAGCCACAAACAGUCAUUCGCGCAGCUACGCUUCCUACUACAGACGUUGUAGUAGAACGGCCAAGGACACCUACAGAGCAUGACAUUUUUGAGA